GUUCAGCUAUUAAAUGUUUUGUCUGCAACAGUCAUAAAGAUGAAUGUGCAUUAGACAUGCCACCCGAUAGUCUACUCAAAGACUGUCAAGAGGAUUAUUCAUCACGGGGUCGUGGCAUCUCAACAUAUUGUCGUAAAAUCACACAAAUUAUUGAGUUUUCAGUAAACAAUUUACCCCCCGAUAGCCGUGUCAUACGUACCUGUGGUUUCCAAAAUCAAACUACCAACAUUUGCUAUCAACGCGCUGGCUUUGGUGGCCGUCAAGUUGUCUGCUCCUGUGAUACCGAUAAUUGUAAUGCUGCCUCCGGUCUGGGCGUGUCAUCGGUAGCCAUGGCUACAUCAUUAUUUGCUGCUGUAGCUUUAUUGCUGAAAAAAUUUGUUUAAUUUCGUUUUUAUUUGAAAUUUUCAUAAAUAUUAAUUUUAAAUUUAAUUAGUGAUUUUUAUAAUUGUUAUGAUUUUGUUUUUU